AUGGACCCUGUUGUUCUCAGUUACAUGGACAGUUUGCUGAGGCAGUCGGACGUUGCCUUGCUGGAGCCCCCAAACUGGCUUAACGAUCACAUCAUCGGCUUUGCCUUUGAGUACUUUGCCAACCACCAGUUCCAAGAAUUUAGCGAUCAGGUUUGUUUCAUCAGCCCCGAAGUGGCUCAGUUCAUUAAAUGUGCCCUUAGUCAGGAAGAAAUAGCCAUAUUCCUGCAACCGCUGGACCUUCUCCACAAGAACCUGGUGUUCCUGCCUAUCAAUGAUAACUCCAACCAGGUCGCUGGGGGCACCCACUGGAGCUUGCUGGUUUAUUUCAGGGACAAAAAGUGCUUCGCCCAUUACGAUUCCCACAGUAAAUGCAACUCUGUCCACGCCAAGCAAGUGGCGGGGAAGCUGGAGGCCUUCUUGGGCAAGAGAGGGGGCAAAGCAACCUUCGUGGAGGAGAAGGCGCCUGCCCAGCAGAACAGCUAUGACUGUGGGAUGUACGUGAUCUGCAACGCAGAGGCUCUCUGUCAGGGAUACUUCAGGGGCCGGCCGGAGCCUUUGCUGCAGCUCCUCACCCCCUCCUACAUCACGCAGAAGAGAUCGGAGUGGAAAGCCCUCAUCACGAAACUGGCACAGAAGUGA